AUGGCCGGCGCCGCGGGCACCGCCCGCAGGUCCAGAUGCUGGCGCCGAUGGACUGCGGCACGGGCGCUGCCGAGCGUAGACGCGCGGCAUUCCUCCAACCGGAGAGUAACGCUGUUGGUUCUCUGCCUGAUCUACGUCUGCCUCAGCGCGUCGGGCCCCAUCGUGCUGGACUGGGUCAAACGGGGCCACGGUGGCUCGUUCGGCUUCAGCGUGCCAGCCCUCACCUUCCACGCCUGGGCGUUGGCCUCGCUGAUGGGGCUCUCCUGGACGGCCUACCACGGGCAGCUGCGGCAGCUGCUCCGGCUGGACAUGCUGUGGCGUUUCUGUGUGACCACCAGCAUGUUCACCGUAGGGGACAUGCUGAGCUUCGCGUCCCUCCAGCACUUGGAUGUGGGCACGUUCAGCCUCGUCGGGAAGACGUGCGCAAUUAUUCUCACGGUUCUGCUCACUCUUAUUACUUCUGCGACCAUCCUGCACAAACGCCAAACAGCCCUUCAGUACGGUUUGGUCGUCAUCGUGGCUGCAUGCACGUAUUCGUUCUGCCUUGCGGAGCAGGCAGCGCACGCCACAGUUCGCGCGGCGGCGAAGGCGAGCAUCCCCGUCGCGUCUGGCCUGUGGAUGCGGGGGCUGGUCCAGCGGAUCUUCGCCGUCUUCUUCACAUCCCUGGGCGCGGUGCUCCAGGAGAGAAGUUGUUGCUCAGAGAUCCUGGCACGCCCUUCAUGCUGCAGCAGUGUUGGAUGGGAUGCGGUGCAAUGA